AUGGCUGGAAAAGAUAGCAGUGAUUUACUUGUGCUGAUUGAGCAUGUAAAGUAUCGUUCAUCGGGUGCAGCCCGUUCGCCAGUUGGCUGCAUUUCUGUUUAUACAGAUCGGGUUGAAUGGAAUGGUUCUACACCUGAUGAGAAACUCGUUGUGCCUUUUGCCAAUAUUAGAGGACAGCGUAUAUCACCGCCUAAUAAAAGUAAAACUCAGCUUCAGUUAUGCCUGCACGAUGGCAACCAGGAAACAUUUGUCUUUCUUAAUCCAGCUGGUGAUAAAGAGGUACAUAUCAAAGAACGUGAUUUAGUCAAAGAGACAAUACAGCAAGCACUUAUUGGGCAUCGCCAACUUGCUAAUCAGGCAGAAGCUUAUUCGGAGAAAUAUAGUAAAACUCGUGAAUUGGAAGCGAAAAAAAAAAUUCUUGAGAAUAACGCUCAUUUGCAACAGUUAUAUAAACAUCUUGUUGCAUCAAAAUUAAUUUCUGCGCAGGACUUUUGGGGUGAAUACUAUCAUUCGAAAGAAGCUAACGGCAAUGAUCAGCUGGGCAUUUCAAGUGGAUUUUUAAGUAGUAUGCUACAAGCCGAAGGUGUGAAUAGCAUAAAAAUAAAUUUAAGUGUUGAUGCAAUACAGAGUAUAUUUCGUACUUAUCCAUCAGUUGAAAAAAAACAUUUGGAAUUGGUGCCACAUGAGUUGACCGAAAAGCAGUUUUGGAGUAAAUUUUUUCAAUCUCAUUAUUUUCAUCGUGAUAGAGAAGAAAAUCCUGAUCCGUUGGAUCCAUUUUCUGAUUGCAUUAAAAAGGACGAUAAUGAGAUGGAAAAAAUCAUGAAGGGAAAUGUGCUGAAGAAAAUGCUAGAUUUUUCUUAUAUUUCUGAUGAUCUCAAUUUGGAUUCAGAUAUUUCUUCAGCUAAUUCCUCAAACAAUAAAGAAUUACUGCUUAAAAGAUGCAAUUACCACUCCAGCCGCGUUUUAUUAGCUUCCCAUGGAAAUAAUUUAGAAGUGAAAAAUGUUAAUGAAAGUGCGCAGAUUGCGAGUACAUCAAAAUCAAAUAGCGAUGAGCGCAUAAUGAUCGAUAGUGAGGAAUUGGCGAAUGAUGCUAUGCAAGAUGAAAUGGAGAGGAUUUCAUUUAAGCAAGGAAGUGCUAAUGCUUUAGGAAAUGAUCUUUCGAGUGAUCAACGCCGUCUGUUUUCUGAAAAAAUUUUAAGGCUUUGCAAUCGAAGGAUUUCAUCGACGGAUAAAUUUUCCUUGGGUAAUGCAACUAUGUUCGCUGAACCAUUAGGUCCUUUUGAUGCUAAUAAUUGGGUCAAUGGUCAUAAAGCUGAUGUUUUAAAUGCAGCUAAUUUUGAUGAGCUCCAAGCCGUUCAUUAUUCAUUUGCUGAGUUAUUAAAACAUUUCUGGUCAUGUUUUCCUCCAACCACUAUCGAAAUGGAAGAUAAGGUAAUUUGUCGACCAAAAAAAUAA